UCUAUUUGGCUGUAGUUUCUUGCUUUUAUAGUGUUCCUUUAUUUUGCUGCAAUUUAUAGCUUUCAACACAGUGUUAAAAGAUGAUGGCAGAAGAGAUAUGCAAUGAAGUGAAAGGCACAGUCUGUGUCACAGGAGCUGCUGGUUUCAUUGGUUCAUGGCUUACAAUGCGUCUACUUGAGUUGGGUUAUGUUGUGAGAGCAACUGUCAGAGACCCAGGAAAUCCAAACAAGACCAGUCAUUUGUUGAAACUGCCUGGGGCUUAUGAGAGACUAACUCUUUGGAAAGCAGACUUGGAUGAUGAAGGAAGCUUUGAGAAUGCCAUUGAUGGUUGUGAAGGUGUUUUCCACGCUGCAACUGCAAUGGAUUUUGAGUCCGAAGAUCCAGAGAAUGAGGUGAUACAGCCAACAGUGAAUGGGAUAUUGAAUGUAAUGAGAUCAUGUGCCAAGGCCAAGUCAGUGAAAAGAGUUCUAUUCACCACAUCUGCUGGGGCAGUGAAUUUUACUGAUGAUUUUGGAACACCAGGCAAAAUUUAUGAUGAAACCUGUUGGACCAAUGUGGAGCUUUGUAGGAGCUUAAAAAUGACUGGAUGGAUGUACUUUGUGUCCAAAACACUUGGAGAAAGGGCUGCAUGUGAAUUCGCAGAGAAAAAUAAUGUCGACUUCAUUAGUGUUAUACCAACAUUGGUAGUUGGGCCCUUUAUAAUGCAGACUAUGCCUCCCAGCUUAGUUACAGCAUUGGCACUGUUAACAAGAAAUGAGCCACAUUACAUGAUAUUGAGACAAGUGCAGCUGGUUCACUUGGAUGAUCUCUGUAUGUCUCUCAUUUUUCUGUAUGAACAUCCCCAAUCAAAGGGCAGAUAUAUCUCUUCCUCCCAUGAUGUCACCAUUGUUCAGCUGGCAAAGAUGUUGGCUCAGAAAUACCCACAAUACAAUAUUCCAACUGAGUUUAAAGAUGCAGAUGACUCUUUGCCAGUAGUACCAUAUUCAUCAAAAAAGCUUGUUGACAUGGGUUUCAAAUUCAAGUACACCAUUGAUGACAUGUUUGAUGGAGCCAUUCAAAGUUGUGUGGAGAAAGGGCUUCUGCCAAAGAUGGGAAUUGAGGCAGAAAGUGACAUCUUCAAUAAUAAUGAGUACAUUUGGUAAUGAUAAUGGUGUAAUGGAGUUUUCAUGUGCGCUUGGAGCUUUAGCACAAUAUG